AUGGAGUCGAGAUCAAUCACUCUUGCGGACGAAAAGGAUCGUGCGAGCACUCCUUCGUCCCAUUCGAGUAUCGACAUAUUCACGCAAACUGAGAUAAACAACUUACCAAAAGAUCAUGAAGGCCCUUUGCUGAAAGCUGACGCGGAGGGGGAGAAUGAGAAGGACGAAGGCGAAUAUCCAACCAGAGCACGCUUGGCGUUUGUUAUUAUUGCACUUCUUCUCAGUAUCUUCCUUGUGGCUCUCGAUAUGACGAUUGUAGCUACAGCCAUCCCGAAAAUUACCGAAGAAUUCGCAGGUCUGGAUCUUGUAGGCUGGUAUGGAUCAGCUUAUUUCCUUACAGUCGGAGCCUUUCAGUCGACCUGGGGCAAAGCAUACAAGUAUUUUCCAUUGAAGAUAUCCUUCCUUCUCGCCAUUUUGCUUUUCGAAUUAGGCAGUCUUAUUUGUGCUGCCGCUCCAAACAGCACCGCCCUGAUUGUCGGACGAGCCAUCUCGGGUCUCGGGGGAGGAGGCAUUGCGUCCGGUGCCUAUAUAAUUAUCGCCUUUUCUGCACCACCGCGACAACGCCCUGCAUUUACCGGACUCUUGGGGGCUGCGAACGGACUAGCAAGCGUGAUCGGCCCCCUCAUAGGUGGUGUCUUCGCUGACCAUCUAACAUGGAGGUGGUGUUUCUGGGUGAAUCUCCCGAUUGGCGGACUUUCUGCGGCGAUCAUCCUCUUUUUCUUCACAACUCCUGCGCAGGCCGUCCCUACCAAAGCAACAUGGAGAGAAAAGUUCUUGCAGAUGGAUCUCCCCGGUGCAUUUGUUGUAAUGGGCGCCAUCGUCUGCUAUAUUCUCGCUCUUCAGUGGGCCGGACAGUCAAAAGCGUGGAAUGACUCUUCAGUUAUCGGCACAUUAGUCGGCUUCUUCGUCAUAACGAUCCUCUUCUGCGUGAUAGAAUAUUACCAAGGCGAGCGGGCCAUGAUUGUGGGUCGUAUACUCAAAAGCCGCAAUGUCUCUGUCAACAUGGCGUUGAUAUUCUUCCUUGGCGGGGGUUUCUUCCUCUUGAUGUACUACAUUCCGAUCUACUUCCAAGUCGUUUCCGGCGUCAGUGCCUCGCAAUCUGGAAUCCGCAACCUGCCCUUAAUCCUAGGUACAGUCAUCGCGACUAUCAUCUCAGGCGGCGCCAUCUCCGCAACUGGACAGUUCCUCCCCUGGCUUAUCGCUGGUACUGGCAUGGCAACGCUCGGUUCGGGCCUUCUGUAUACACUAGGCACAGACUCUCCCCCGGCCCAAUGGAUUGGCUAUCAAGCCCUAGCAGGUCUCGGCGUCGGCGCUGCCCUCCAAGUCCCCAUCAUCACCGGCCAAGCUCUCUCUCAGGCCUCCGAUCUCAGUUCUGUCACAGCAAUGAUCUUAUUCUGUCAAACUAUCGGAGGUGCAUUGUUCGUCUCAGCAGGUGAGGUGGCAUUCGCAAAUGUCUUGGUGGCACGAUUACUAGUUCAUGUCCCUAAUCUCAACCCCGCGAAGGUUGUGGCUGUGGGGGUUACGCAGGUCAGGGUUGUAUUUCCGGCAGAGGAGAUCCCCGGGAUUAUAGAUGCCUAUAUGGAUGGGUUGAAAGCCAAUUUUGGGAUCGCUAUUGCAGCCACAGGGCUUGCUUUUGCGAUCAGCUUUCUGAGCAAGUGGACGAGUUUGAAGGGGAAGGUUGUCGUUGCAGGGGCUGCUUAA